AUGUCUUCUCCAAACAUUCGCACCAAGGGUUCUUCUUCUUCUGUUCCUCCUGCCUAUAUUAGUGGAGCUGGCGUUGAUAAGCAUGCUAUUGAGGUUCAGAGCAAGCUUCACCCUUUUGCCCAAAAGAAUCUGGAUGAAAAUGUCUUUCACCUCUUUGAAAACACCUUGGUUCUAGGCCCCCACUGGUUCGGUUUUGUCCCUACUGAAAUGGUAGAAUUGUUCAAAGGUGACGCUGAAGCUUCCCUCUGUUUCGAGAGCUCUUCUGCCCUGGCUUCUCAUUCUUGGGUUAGCAAGAACUUGAGUCGUUCAUUCCCAUCCAGUGAGGUGAGUAACACUUUUGAUUUUCGUGUGGGCCCGAUGUUUCCAACCCUGCUGGACAUGGCCCAUAUCUUUGGGUUUAGGCCCCAUGAAAAACCUGUGGAUGCAGUAGGUGAUUACCACUGGAGAAAGAACCAGGAGAAAUUGGCCAAGCCAUUCAUCAUCUCUCCAGCCACAAUCAACCAGAACUGCUCUUUCUCCAAUUACUUGAGAAAGUUCAGUUAUGAGAAGGACAAAGAUCAGCUUCACAUGUUAUUCCUCCUGUACUGGGUGAACAUAUUUGUCUUCCCAAAUCGUUCAUCGGCAGUUCUACUCGAAUACAGGCACCUAGCAGAAGCGCUUCGCAAUCAUACUGAUGUAGGGCUUGGGCCUACAGUUUUGGCUCACCUGUACAAGAAUCUGCAUACUACCACUUUGGAGAACUCUCUGAAUCUGUCUGCUCCAGGCGCAUUCUGA